AUGAUACCACCUGCGCCGCAGUAUACCGGCCCGCAUGAUCCCACCUACUACGCUCAGCAGUAUGCACAACAUCCUGCCGCUGCAUAUCUUCCGGCUCCUCGCCAAUCGCCGGAGAUAAUCUCGGUUUCACCUACCAGAGGACAUCAGAGCACGAGGGUGACGGUCUACUUCCGGUCGAUUUACGACUUCGAAUCUCCACAGAUACGAGCAUUCCUGAUGUUCGGACAGUACAAAUGUGAGAGCACGCUGAGCAAGACAUCUCACCAAGGCUCGAUGUAUCAGUAUGCCUUGUCGGCGGAAGCUCCGCCAUUGUCGUUGACGAACUCGCAAUCGCCGGUACCGCUUCAUCUAAUCCUCGAUGACAGUCUGCUCGCCUGGGAGUCACCAUCGAUCGAGUUUGACAAAUUCGUUUAUCUUGAGCCACCGAAUUUCUAUGCCAUGGACUCUCCACAGCUUGCGGUCAGGAAGCGUAAGCUCUCGACCGAAGCGUCUCCACGUCGUUCGCCAACCAAGAAGCAGUCCAUGCCGCAGCUUUCUGCGGCUGCUAGAAUGCAGCCUUAUGGUACGCCACUGGCCGGAGCCGCACCGGUGUCGCCGUUCAGACGCCCAAGCUUACCCGAAGCGUACACCCAACCUCGCCGGUAUGUAGCAGAGCCUCCCCAAACCUAUACUGCGGCGCUGCCUACAGGCCAGCAGCUCUACACUUCUUCGGUUGGACAGACGACGCCGUCAUUGCAAUCCGCCGGCAGUCCGUCGUGGACAUAUCAGCAUGGGAUCUCUGCAACACGGAGUCCGUCAGCCGCGACGAUGUCGGCUAGCAGCAAGACUUCGAAUCUGCUGCCUUCACCAGCCACCGGAAACAACCCGCAAUUGAUCCGGACAUCGACAUUGCAGUCAUCACCUCCUGCACCCGGACUCGGUGCGGGAUUCAAUCCGUACGCUAUGUACCCAGCCAACGCAAAGGCGAUCCUGAAGAUCGAGGGCGACCUCAACACAAUGUCGGACAACUGGACGGAGGCCGAGCGCGAAGCGAAGCGCCGUCUGGUGGAGUUCUCUCGCAGCCAGUCUGGCAGCGUUAUAAGCGCCACGUUCAAAGCUGUCACACCAGAGACUCGGCAGCCCAACAGCAUCUGUGUUAGCUGCAUCUGGUGGGCCGAGAAGAAUGAAUGCUACGUUACCAGCGUCGACACGAUUCAGCUACUUGAGUCGCUGGUAGCUGUUCGCUUCACCGUUGAGGAGAAGAACCGCAUCAGGCGCAAUCUCGAAGGGUUUCGGCCUUCAACAGUUUCGAAGGCUAAGCAAGAGAGCGAAGACUUCUUCAAGCUGAUCAUGGGGUUUCCGAGUCCGAAGCCACGCAACAUUGAGAAAGAUGUGAAAGUGUUUCCUUGGCGCAUUCUACCAACCGCGCUGAAGAAAAUCAUUGUCUGCGAGUUACUCUUCUACUUCUGGACCACUCCACGCUGGAGCAAGCUCGAGCUAUGCAACCGCCAAAGGCGCAGAUCUCGAGCCACCAAUGCAGCAGCGACCUGGUGCCUCUCCCCACUUGACCGUAAGCCCUGCGCAAUCGCACAACCCUGCUUAUGCGGCAACCCACACCCUCACGCCGCACUCAUACUCGCCGCACGCGUCAGCAGGCCUCGGCAUCGGGCCGUCAGCAGGGCAACCGGACCUGCGUCUGGCCGUCCCGGUCUCCGCGCCAGGGCAAACGCCAUCCUGGCAGCAACAGCAACCUUCCGCAAUAGAGUACGGCGAUCUAUCAGCAGCCAAUCGUGCAUCAUGGGAUUACAAUCAGUUCCUGCCUGUAACAGGGGUGCCAGGUUCGGUGCAACCAUACCAGUACCGACUGCCAUCAUUCAGCACGCCCCAAGCAGAACCACAGCACCGCUUCGUGCCUCUGCAGGACUACCAACAGCAGCCGGGUCAGCCGACCUCGACAUCAUGAGGUCAAGACUGUUUCGAGCCGCCGUGGCGGACCCAGAAGCGGUCAUGGGGCGAAGACCGCCCCACUUUCAGCAUGCACCACACCAUCCCCGAACACCGGGGCCUAUUCGACCUGUUUCAGUACCCUAUGUUACCAUAAUGCUCGACACAUCCUUUGUUUCGACCCUUGCAUUUCCGACAGAUAAUCAGCGCUUUUGCCACACACCUCCCCAGCUUUUCCGACUGGCUUGUCAACCGGGCGGCAUUAAGUACAAAAACUAGCCCUCGAUGCGUUUCGCCCCUUUGCAUGAUUGAGCAUUUUGUUAGAGGACAUCAGCAUUGCGACGGCGUUGCGAUGACGCGCCGCCUUAGCGCGACCAAGCAUGAGAGAGAUAAACAUACAACCCUCACAGGACUCCACGGCGUAAGGCGCAUGCAUGAUACCCUUUGCUUUCUUGCUUUGUGUUUUGGACGGUUUUGGGUGGGGAGGACUGUGAUGGGGGCAUGUCACAAGCGUUGCAUUUGUGAGUGCACACAAGGAAAGCCUGGAAGUAGGCGUACCGACACGCAUAUCAGCUAUUAGCGUUAGGAUUGCCACUCAGGCAUGUACCACUUGAGAGGCCUGUAACCAUAUCAUUCGUCCUCGUACGCUGUAUAAGCGCAUUUCGCGC